AUGGAGAUGCAGUUUUGAUGUGCCUUCUGCUCUGCCCUUCAUACAAAAUAAAUCUGAAAUCUGCCGACUGGAUACAGAAAUAUAAUGCUGCUGCCAAAGUUUUCAAAUUUAAGAAGAUUAAGAAGCCAUCUAAUCUCAGCAACAUAAAGAAGUACAAACCAAUACUCAAACAGGAUACUGUGGAUGUUGAAUUUUCCUGUGAAUUCUUCAGAGACACCAGCUUUCUUAGAUUUGCAAGGGAUCAGAAAUUUGUGAACAUGUUUCUGGAAUGGGCAGAAAAAGAAAACAUUGCAAAAUACUGCAGAUCAUCAAAUUAUCGGAGAAAAAAGGCCGAGGAGGAAGUUUUUUGUUGGUUAUUGCCAAAUCAAACAGAACAACUGAUAGAAAAACUUGGAGAAGACAUGUUCACACACGCAACGAUGAUGGACCAAUCAAUACAUGAAUUAGUGUAUACCAAGCUUGGCAUACCAGUACAGGUUAUAAUGAGAGGUGAUGAGUCUGUGAGGAAUUUCUUGGACAAUCUGAAGAAAGGGGAGACGACCAUGUACCACGCCUCUGGGAUGAUCAUUGGGUGUGCAGGUAGUGGGAAGUCAACUCUAUUAGAAAGACUGAAAGGCAUCGACCUAAAAGAUAUUCUGAAGAAUUCAACAUCGACCAGGGGCAUUGACGUACAGUCUGACGUUUUUGAUGUGACAGACACCACAGUUCGAGUAAGCACGUCAAACGAAAGACAACGCUUUAAAGUGAAAAUUGAUGAAUCAAGCGAACAAACGACUAUUUCAAAUCAGCCUGAAAAAUUAUCACGUGACAUGUUAAGGUUAGACAUCAAAGAGUCAGGGGAUCAGAUGGAUGCAGCCAGUAUAGCAAACGAACAAGAAUCGGUCAGUGAUGAAGAAAUUACACAUGAGAGCUUGGAUUUAGAUUCUGAAUCAAGUAAAGGGAAUGAAGCCGCUGCCUUUGUGGAAAAAGAAGAGGUCUUAGUUGAAGACAGCAGACAAAAUAUUCCUGAGAAAUCAGAAAUAUCAGGAAUUUUACGAGUGUCCAAGGAUGUUUUGGAUGAACCAGAGAAAAAAAUUACCAUGGUGGACUUUGCGGGACAGUGUUCAUAUUAUGCCUCACACCAGAUAUUUUUGAGUCCAAGGGCAUUCUUCAUUCUGGUGCUGAAUAUGGAAAAGAAAUUUGAUGAAAAGGUUGGAAAAGAAGUCUGUCGCCAGGAAGGUUCCGUUUACGAAGGCUGGACACACGAAGACUAUUUAAUGUUCUGGGCCAAGUCCAUUCAUCAAUACAGCAGUGAAAAGGCCCCUGUUAUACUGGUGGGCACUCAUGCUGAACAGAAGACAAAGGAGGAAAAAGAAAAGUAUUUCCGUGCGAUAUGGACUACUUUGGAAACUAAGGAUGAGUCUCUGCAAAAGCAUAUGGACAGGAAAAGGAUGUUUGCUGUUGGAUUCCAUGAGAAUGAAUGCAUUGAAAAAAUCAAGCUGUCUGUUGUUGAUGUUGUACAAAACCUAGAUCACUGGGGGAAAAAACUUCCGCAAUCCUGGGCUAUGUUUGAAAACUACUUUAAAGAAAAGAAAUUAAAUCUCAAAAUCAUUAAAAAAGAGACACUUUUGGCUUUCAAUGAAGCAUUGCCACAGAACUUGAAGUUGCAAACAGUUGAAGACAUUAACACCAUGCUUCAGUUUUUCCAUGACAUCAGAGAAAUUUUAUACUUUGACCAAGAAUCUCUCAAAGGAAUUAUAAUUCUUGAUGUUCAAUGGUUUGCAGAUGCGUUCAAGAAUGUGAUCACAGAUAAAAACCACGCAGCAGAGGACUUAUUUAAACUUGCCUCACAAUGGAACAAAUUUAAUGAAACUGGCGUACUGAGUGACACACUGCUCUCUGCAAUUUGGAAAAUGAAUAACAAUGGAUAUCUGGAACACAAAGAAGAUAUUAUGCGCUACAUCGAGAAGCUGGGACUUCUUGCCAGAAUGGAUGAAAUCACAUGGUAUGUUCCCUGUAUGAACAAAAGACCAUUUCCUGCAGAAUGCUUUUCAUUAUACCCUGCCUCCUCCAUCCUCUGCUACACGUUUGAUGUUCUUCCUGCUGGAAUUUUCCAUCGUCUUGUAGCAACUUGCAUGCAGAUUCCAUGGCAGAUUUUUUCAGAUGAGGACCGAGGAUGCAUUUACCACACGGCAACAAUUUUUGAAUUUGAAGACCAGCAUCAUAUAAUUAUGCUUGGAAUGACUCAAACAGAUAUUCAGUUGCAAGUGUUUGUUUUAGAGGGAGAAGUUGAUGCUUUAGUGUGUCACCAGGUUAGAGAAAGAAUUGAGAGUAUUCUGGCAAAUCUUUCCACCACAUUCGAGAAAAACACAAAAUUUCAUGUUGCGUUCAAAUGCAAAACUUUGGGAUUUUGUGACAGCAAAGAAAGUGCUGUCAUAGAUGAAUCUAAGUUUACAAGAGCGACUUUUAAUUGUCCGUCCUGCCCGGCAAUGGAAAAGCAUGUAAUAAAAUCAAGCGCUAUAACAAAAUAUUGGAUGAAGAUACAACAGAGUAAUCCUAGCACAUCGACGGUGUCUGCACAAGACCUUGGGGACCGAUCUAGAUUUGCCAAACUUGGCAUGGCCACAAACGAUGUGUUAAAUCAGACAUACAGAGAUAUACUAGAGAUUGAAGUCCCCCUUCCCUUAUCUAUAACAAAGUGAAAGCAUCACCAGAUUUUCACAAAAGAUUACGUCCGGAGCAAGAACAACUCUUAAUAGAUGCUAAUAAUUCGGGAUAUAUGCAUUUUGAUAUUUCAUUAACAUAUACAUUAAUCAGAAACAUUUGUAAAAAGAUUCCUUUACCAACUAAAGGAAAAUGGGGAGAAGAGCCUGCAGCAGGAGAGGUGACCGUGGGUGAUGAUAUCGAGAGAAUUAGGUCAAUCCGGAACGGUUUGACUGCACAUGUGAGCUCAGCCUCCACCUCACAGAAAGAAUUCGAUGUCACCUGGUCAAUGAUGUCAGAUAUCUGCCAAAGAUUGGAGACCUUCACCGGAAAGAAGUAUUUGGAUAAUCUAAGGGACAUUCAAAAAAUGACAUUGAAAGAAGAAGAUGCUAUUGAUAUGGAUAUAUUGCGUUCUCUUGUUUCAGAUGUACAAAAAAUUAAAAGAACAUUAAAGAUUAAAAGUUAAACGGAUACAAAUUAGGAAGUUAAGUACGUAGGCUGAAAUAUUAUAAAUAUCACAUUGUAGAAUUUCGAAAAACGUACUUUACUAUCCUCGCUGAUAUUAAAAAAAAUACCUUAAGGUACAUGUUCUUUAGUGGAAAUUAAAAAGAUUAAAAUGGAAAGUCAAAAUGAAAUGAUGAAGUCUAUGUUGCUUGCUGUACAAGAAAUAAAACCAUCAGUAUUGAGGGCUGAAAGCAAGCACGCAUCGAAUGUUUAAGUAGAGAAGGGUGUAGCUAUAGUUAAUGAUAUUAAGAGCAUAUCAAUUGGAAAUAUACUGAGCUGGAGGAUCGUGUUUUAUUGCCAAACCAAAUAAAUCGCUCCACCAAGUUAUUUUGAAUAGCUAUUGGAAUAGUCUACUACAGUCAUUCAUCUCUUUCAUUGUGUGGGAUUGACUUUUUUGUGUAGAAUAUGGACAGCAAACAAUAUUGAUUGUAUAUAUCAAGUCAUGUAUGUCAUCAAUGAAAUUCAUUUACCACUGGUUUUAAAAUAACAGGAAUUCAAUACUGAUGGAGGAAAUGAAAUGCAAAAUUGUUUACUGAUAAAGAAUAAAAGUAAGAAUGAACUUCAUUUUCUAUCAAGUACAUUACAAAGUAACUGGAA